AUGGGAAGAAGUGCAGAGCUGGAGGAAUUUUUGAAACGUGUAGAGGACUACGAUUUACAGCGGAGGGGAAAUAACGAUGUUACAACGACUGCUGGUGCUACUAAUAAUGAAAUGAAUGGCGGGUAUUCUGAGGAAAGUCUAGAGAGGGCAAGAAAGUUGCUUUCUGAAAAUGGCGUAGCCAUUGUUGACGGUGAAUCAAGAAAAAGCACAUUAGAUGCACCUGAAUUAGCAUACAGAUCAGCUUAUAACUACGAAAGGACUUUUUCACCCAAGAGGGUAACAACAAAUUCUAAGACUUAUACAGUUUCAGAAGACGAUUAUCUUCUUUUACAACGGUUAAAGGCUAAGGAAAAACCUCCAGCACCACUUCCCCCCCAUGAGAAAUCUAGGGACAAUGAUCGCUUAAGAAAAUUAUUGGAUGGCGUAACAACACCGUCGUUCCCUAAAACCACGACUUCUCUGCCGAGUAGCAGCUAUUAUAGUACCAACCUAGAAUCUAGAAAGACGGAAGCAAUCCCUGCUGUGACUUCAAGAAGUAGAGGACCACCACCAGUUCCUCCUAAAUCAAGAUCGAGAGCAAAAGAUGAAUCGGAAAAUAUAGAACCUGAAAAAGAUGUUGGAAAACCCAUUUCACCACCAAGAUCGCCAUCAAGCUCACCACCAAGCUCACCAACUAAAUCGCCUUAUAAAGUGGAAUUAAAAAGCAGCCCUAAAAAGUUCAAUCUUAAGGCAGAACUUGAGCCAUCUAAAAAGACUCUUGCACUCGACAAUGGGAAAUCUUCUUCACCAAAUAAGGAAUCACCUUCAUCCUUAUCAUCUCAUCUCGAUUUCUUAGAUUCUGUACAGAGAAAUAAAGUGGAACCAAACUUAGAGACGCCAAAAAACAAGUCACCAAUUAAGAGCUCUUCCCUUCAUUCAAACCAAUUUAUUGAUUCUGCCGCUCAUAAAUCGACACCGCCCGCCAAACCCAAUAAACCCUUGGAAUUGGCAAACACCCCAAAAAGUUCUUUACAAAGAACAAGAUCUGGGAGUUUUAUCAAUUCAGCAUUAAAAUCCCCAGUUACACAACCAACAGCUUCCAGUGCUAGCCCUACUAUUUUCAAAAUACCUUCAAAACCUAGCACCGAAAGUUUCAUCAAUUCAGCUCUCAAAGCUUCACCACCACCACCACCAAAGCCGGCAAGAAAACCAACUACAAUCGUUAAACCAAGACCACUCAGCAAACCAGCUUCACUGAGAAAAUCAUCAACGGCACCUGAGGAUGGUGAAUUUAGGCCAGAAAAACCUGCAGGAUUAGCUCAAUUAAGGCCAACAGGUUCCAAUGAAAAGCCCAAACCACACGUUCCUCCUAAAAAAUCUGAACUUGUACUACCAAAGCUUCGCCAUGUAGACCGUACCGACUCACAUGGAAAUAAAAUAAAUUCAGAGGCUGACUUUACAGCUAAAUUGAAGAAAACCACACCACCAGAAGUACCAAAAAAGAAUCCAAGUCUCCCUGAGGCACUUAAAAGAUUGAGUAAUUUGUCAAAAGCAGCACCUCCACCAAAACCUGAAGAAGAUGUACCUGAAGCUUUAACCAAAGUAGGCCAUUUAUCAAGAGCGGCCCCUCCUCCAAAGAGAGCGGAGGAUGUUCCUGAGGCAUUGGCCCAUUUAGAAAAAUUGAAUAAAGUGAGUAAACAGCCGCCAGUACCCACUCGCAAGAUUUCGAUGGGAGAAGCAUUGCAAAAGGCUCAAGAAUUGAAAAAACAACAACAGAAGCAGUCACAAUCUUCUGAAGGAGAACAAAAACCCAAGGAUGUCAAGAGCGAACUAGGGGCAGUCCUAAUGGCACAAAAGUUAAGGGCCUCUAAACCUCUCCUGUCUGGUUCAUCUAGUACAGAACCUUCAAGUACCAACAGCAGUACGACGAGUCUAAGUAGCAGCAAUUCGUCAAACACACUAAGCCAUGCAAACAAAACUAGAUCAAAGGGUCCAAAGAGAAGAAUACCUAGUACUAUAAAGAUGUGA